AUCCUUUCAACAAGGAUCGUACUUGGGAAGAUGAAUGCAGUAGUGAAUCCAGUUCAAUUUCAAAUCGUCUAAAACAUAUAGGAUCUCCUCGAGCCAAUAUCUCUAUCGAUUCGCUGGAAUAUACCUGUCCUCGGGCAUGUAUGCGUUGUACCAUUACUAAAAGCCCCUCACUUGAGUUGGACAAAUCACAUUAAUUAUGCACGAACCAGCGCAUGCAGUUGGUUAAGGAAAAUCUGAUCAAGAGCUUCAACUCACAUCCCUUUUGUUACUUUCAGAGACAGCUGCAUUGCCCUUCAAGCUUGCCUAGUCACGCCAUCAUGGACUCAGAACCACCUGUGAAGGAUUUCGCCUCAUGUGUAUCCUGCGACAGCAUUAUCAUGAUCGCUAGGCCUCGCCGUAGCGAUCGAGGCAAGAAGAGGCUCGUCAAUCCAAUAUACCAGAUCACAGUUUGUUACACUUGCGAACGGAAUGGUGCGGCAGUACCACCUCGAAAAUCGAACGAGUUCUUCUCUGAGCAGCCGCCCUUUUAUUGCCUGAGUACGUCUCUCGUGAGAAACUCAGCCAACUUCAUUGCCACAGGCAAGAUGCAGGAAGUCGGAAUAUCUCUGCGUGAGGAAGGUGGGAGAGUCAUAAUGACUCACAGGAGUGAUAUCUUACACAGUUAUGAUCCUGGAUGCAGGAUGACCACGAUCCACGUGAAUAAAGACCUUGAGACCACGACGAAUGAGUCUUCAUCGCUUGAGACAGGGUUUUUUUGAGAAUCACAAUUUGUGAAUACCGCAAAGAUCGCUGUAGAUCUUUGUCUGGCUUUAACAUCGGCGGAAAGGGCCCUGGUUGAACUCGGAGAGGAAGGAGGAAUUUCACCAGCUUGACGCUUCCUCCAGCAUGUAGCUACUCAACACAAUCGCAAUACCCGGAAGCCGUAUUGUUCGAGAUCUGUGCUCAAGCCCUUGAGGCUGUAGGACUCGUUACAGCUCUCUCAAAUGUUGUGGUACAGAUGGGAGGAACCGGGGCUUACCGGUGCAAGGGUAAUGAAUCAUCUAGGGAGGAUCUCCCGUUCGCGUUUGUCUGCAUGCUCGAGAGGUGCGAACAGAAUUUAUUCUUAAAUGGUAUAUUGUAUUU